GCAGGGGACUGACUUCUACGCCUCCGCCGCCCUGGGGCACAGACAUGGCCCAGGAGCGUCCCGCCUGCGCCCUGGAGCCCGAGCUCGUCCAGCGGCUGCUGCUCUCCUGCCGGGAGGCCAAGAAGUCCGCUUACUGUCCCUACAGUCACUUCCCCGUGGGCGCCGCGCUCCUCACUCGGGACGGGAGGAUCUUCUCCGGGUGCAACAUUGAAAACGUCUGCUACCCAAUGGGCGUCUGUGCGGAGCGAACCGCCAUCCAGAAGGCUAUCUCAGAAGGGCACAGGGAGUUCAGGGCAAUUGCUAUCUCUAGUGACCUCCAGGAUGAUUUUAUCUCACCAUGUGGAGCCUGUAGGCAAGUCAUGAGAGAGUUUGGCACCAACUGGGCUGUCUACAUGACCAAGCCGGAUGGCACAUAUGUUGUCAGGACAGUCCUGGAGCUGCUACCUGCCCCCUUCGGGUCCUUGGGCCCGCAGAAGAUCCAGUGAAGGUCGGAAAACACCCACCACCUGGAAGAGCCUGGGUUUUCACGUGUGCUUGAGGAGACAGCCGCCCGGAGAACUUGAUGAAGAUGUUCUCACAGGCCUGGGGACAUCGGCCAAAUGGGCCCCAGCCCUUCCGGGGGCUGGGCAGACGAGGCUUUUUCCAAAUUACACUCAAGCAUGACGGUCUUCACCUGAACCGAUAAAGCGUUUCAUUCUGUUCUGGGCCAACGUCCCUCCUUGCAACCCACCUUGUCCUCUCCGGGACAGGACCACCCAUCCCUUCCUCCUUUCCUGCAGUCCCUCUUUAAAAUUCCAGCCAAGUCUGGACCUCUUCCCUGUCAGCCUUCCCAAGGUCCCAUCCUGUUCUGAGUGACUUUUCUAAUUAUAGACAUCACGGAACAUCCCGAUUUGGGAGUGCAUGUUU